GUGCAGAGCGGAAGGGAGACUGUGCGCAGGGCAGGUGCGCGCCCGCCGGAGGCGGAGGUGGAGUCUGUCUGCUGACCCUCUCCCCAAUCGUAGCCUUAACGGAGGUCCACCAUGUUGGGGGAUGCCAUCAUGGUGAUCAAAGGCUUAGCCAAGCUGACCCAAGCUGUGCUGGAGACCCACCUCCAGUACCUGGGCUUUGGCGGGGAGCUUAUCACAGCAGCCAGGGCCCUGCAGAGCACAGCUGAGGAACAGUUUAGUGUGGUCAUGGCAAGAAUGCAGGGUACAGAUCAGGCUCAGGAGCGCUACUCGGACACCGGGGAUGAUCCAGGCUCUGAACUCCACUUCUCAGGGCCAGAGGCCACACAGGCUUCAGACUUUUCUGCCUCUGCUCCUCCUCCUCCUCCUCCCUUUCCUGACCAGUUCCAUAGAGAGGGCCCUGCUCCUGCCUAUGUUUCAAAUGGACCUUUUGGGGAAGCUGGGGCUUCAGGCCAGCCCUUUGGUCCUGCCUCAGGGAAAAUCCAAGGGAAACUUUUUGGAGACCCUAGGGACCCAUUUGCUGCUUCAGUCAUGCAGAGAAGGUUUUUCCACCAGGACCAGUCUUCAGUGGGGGGUCUCACUGCCGAGGAUAUCGAGAAAGCCCGGCAGAGCAAGACUCAGCCUGGAAACAAGCCCCACAAACAGAUGUUAAGUGAGCGGGCACGGGAGCGGAAGGUGCCAGUCACGAGGAUCGGGAGACUGGCUAACUUUGGAGGUCUGGCUGUGGGUCUGGGCUUUGGGGCUCUGGCUGAAGUGGCCAAGAAGAGCCUCCGCCCCGAGAACAGCACAGGAAAGAAGGCCGUGCUGGACUCCAGCCCUUUCCUUUCUGAGGCAAACGCCGAGAGAAUCGUGAGCACCCUGUGCAAGGUGAGAGGAGCCGCCCUGAAGCUGGGCCAGAUGCUGAGCAUCCAGGAUGAUGCUUUCAUCAACCCGCAGCUGGCCAAGAUCUUUGACCGCGUGAGACAGAGCGCAGACUUCAUGCCUCUGAAGCAGAUGACGAAAACCCUGAACAACGACCUGGGCCCCAACUGGAGGGACAAACUGGAGUACUUUGAGGAGCGGCCCUUCGCCGCCGCCUCCAUCGGGCAGGUUCACCUGGCCCGGAUGAAGAACGGCCGAGAGGUGGCCAUGAAGAUCCAGUACCCCGGCGUGGCCCAGAGCAUCAACAGCGACGUGAACAAUCUGAUGGCCGUCCUCAGCAUGAGCAACGUGCUCCCGGAAGGCCUGUUCCCAGAACACCUCAUCGACGUGCUGCGGCGCGAGCUGGCCCUCGAGUGCGACUACAAGAGAGAAGCCGCCUGUGCCAAGAAGUUCAGGGAGCUGCUGAAGGAUCACCCCUUCUUCUACGUGCCGGAGGUCAUCGACGAGCUCUGCAGCCCCCACGUGCUGACCACAGAGCUGGUGUCCGGCUUUCCCCUGGACCAGGCCGAGGGGCUGAGCCAGGACAUAAGAAAUGAGAUUUGCUACAACAUCCUGGUCCUGUGUCUGAGGGAGCUGUUCGAGUUCCAUUUCAUGCAGACGGACCCCAACUGGUCCAACUUCUUUUACGACCCGCAGCAGCACAAGGUGGCCCUCCUUGACUUUGGAGCGACCCGGGAGUACGACGAGUCCUUCACCGACCUUUACAUCCAGAUCAUCAGAGCCGCGGCGGACAGGGACCGGGAGACCGUCCUGAAGAAGUCCAUCGAGAUGAAGUUCCUCACCGGCUACGAAGUGAAGGCCAUGGAGGACGCCCACCUGGACGCCAUCCUCAUCCUGGGGGAGGCCUUCGCCUCGGACUCCCCGUUCGACUUCGGGAGCCAGAGCACCACCGAGAAGAUCCACGGCCUGAUCCCCAUCAUGCUCAAGCACCGGCUCAUCCCGCCGCCCGAGGAGACGUACUCGCUGCACAGGAAGAUGGGAGGCUCCUUCCUGAUCUGCUCCAAGCUCAAGGCCUGCUUCCCCUGCAAAGCCAUGUUUGAGGACACCUACAGCGGCUACUGCCGGAGGAAGGCCCAGAAGCAGUGAAGGCCGCGGCCCGCCCGCCCGUCUGGCCUGGCAGAGAGCUGGAGCGUCCGGCCGGCCGGCCAGCAGCUCCCGGAUCAUCUCGAGAAUCAGCAACUAAAACUGCACAGCCAGAGGCCGGGCCUGGCCCGCCCGUCGCCUCUACUUACCCAGGAGGGCUUUUCUGGUAGGAGAAGGCGGCUGUGGGGGGCCUCUGUGGCGCUCCCUGGUGGCUCUCCGGUGACUGGGAGGGGAGGGAGGAGAAAGAAAACGGAACCAGGACAGUCUCUUGAAACCUGCUUCCCGUUUAUUCAUUUUGUGAAAAAGCUUUGGACAAAGGGGGGUGGGGGUGGGGGUGGGGUGGGGUUUCCUAGUGUGAAUGUUGCCUGUAGCAGCCCCCUCCUCGCCAGUGCAGGGAGAGCCCCCCCGGGGCUUUGUAGUGUAGGAUUUGGGGGCCGCGUGUGUGUCUGCAAAAGGCUCCCUGACUCGUUUGCCCUCCGGCCAAAGCUAGGGAGGAAGCGCCAAAAAGCUAUUGAAUGAACUCUCUGCCUUCCCGCAAGCUGGUCCUCAGAGGAGUUUUGGACAACUGAAUGUAUGUGGGUGGGCAGGCCGUGGGGGGGGGGGGCAGCGAGGAGGUUCCCCUUCCUGGCGGAGGAAGUCUUUGCCGAAAGGAGCAGGACAGAAAGUUACGGUCAGAUGCAGAUUGACCUAAUGGGAAUAACCACCAGCGUGUUAGUUUUUGUACUUUCUCGUCACUGUCCCUCUUAUGCAUUUCAAUAAAACCUGAUUGUGGAGCUGG